AUGUCGCUAAAGAGACUUCUCAACGAGGAAGAUGAGGAUCUCCACUAUCCCGACCCGUCGUCUGUCUCCUCGUACGGCUCCAUCACGCCAACCUACCAGGGCGGCGUCCAAGAUUACUCGUACCCCGAAUAUCAUCCACGCCAUACCCCCUUCCAAAGCUCGGACAGCACCAUUCAGGGCGGCCAAGAUGAUUUUCCCGUCAUCGAUAACCAUCCUCCUAUAGAAGACGUGCAGAUAUAUGACCUACUUCUUGACCAAGGUGUCGAUAGUCAGCUAGGAAGCCUAAACAUCAGCAACGAAACCGAGCUCGCGUCCUUCGACUUUGGCGACCUGGAAACAUGGGGACGUUCUACUAUUGCACAGGCGCCCGAGCUGGGAAUGUACAGCUCACCUCAGAGCUCCGAAUCGUCACAGGAUUCUUUAACCGUGACGCAGUCAUCCUCACUCUUCCCCGAUUCCAGCAUUACUGGUUCGGACUCGUGUUCGUCAACGGCGGGCGACGAUGAUGCCGACAAGGUCUGUUACGGCAUGCUCUACAAUGUAGACAUCAAAUUGAUAGGCGACAUGGGCGUCAUCGACACCAAGUUGCGCGAGUCCAGCCGAGCCUCCGCCCCUGGCAGGAUAGCCUACCAACGCUUCACCCUCACCGAUUCACAAGAACACAUCUGCCUCUCUUUCAAGGACGAUAACACAGAAUUUGGCUACCUUCGCUCUGGGCCCGGUAAGGCCCUCGCUAGACUGCUGACCCCAGACUCUCGCGUCGAAUUCGAGCCCAUCGCUCCAACCAACGCGCUCCGCGAGACUAUCGGCCGCGCCAAGAAGCCCGUCGAGGCCAUGGUCAAAGUCGACAUCAAUGUCUACGGCCCGCGAGCCGCGGCAAAGGUCGUUGGAGACAAGCUGACCGAAGGGAAGCUCUGGUUGCAAAAGUCGGAUCAUGCGCGCCGGGAGCUCUGCUAUGAGAACCCGCAUUUCCUCAAGAUUCAAGGCGGCGAGACGAUGCCCGAGAACGUUAUCAACGACGUCAACAGUGGACAGCCAAGUGGGCGGCAACCGCGGGAAGAGAAGCUGAGGCGGAUGAUGAUUGAGGUGUACGACUCGAUCAAAAACAAGCGGGAGUUCAAUCGUGAACUCGGAGACAAGCGGUUGAAGAAUGGUCUGCUAGGACACCAACAGGAGGCACUCGCGUUCAUGCUAGAGCGGGAAUCCGGUGACAUUAAUCUAGGCUACAAACUCUGGCGUCCGGUGACGGUAGAAGGACAAGAAUGGUAUCGCCAUAAGAUCACGAACGUGAAGCAAAAGAUUCAGCCGGAUGAAAGAGGCGGCGGUAUCCUCGCCGACGAGAUGGGCAUGGGCAAAUCCUUGUCCAUUCUCUCGCUCAUCGUCAAGACCCUCGACGAUGCCCGUAAUUGGGCCGUCGAGGAAGAGAAGAACAACGAGAAGAGCAAGGACCUGCAUUACUCAGGGUCGACUCUCGUGGUCGUAUCGUCUGCUCUUCUCAUCUACAACUGGACAAAUGAAAUCAAAAAGCACGUGGAUGGAAGUCUGACACACGUCAAGUACCAUGGCCCAAAUCGAGAAAAGGACAUUGACAAGAUCAAGGGCUCCGACAUUGUCGUGACAACCUACAACACAUUGUCUGCAGAGUUCGAGAAGAAGUCAUCCAUCUUGCACAAGAUUGGCUGGUACCGAGUUGUCCUGGACGAAGCACACAUCAUCCGCCGCCCAGCAACAACAUUCUAUCAAGCCUGCCGAUCGCUUCACGCAAACUCCCGGUGGUGCCUCACUGGCACGCCCAUCCAGAACAAACUGGCCGACAUUGGUGCCCUCUUCGCCUUCAUCCGCGCAACGCCUUUUGACAACCCAGCCGCCUUCCGCCGCUACAUCGAAGUCCCCUUUGAGCAACACUCGGACAACCUAGAAAAAGUCAAAGAGCGCCUCGUCGCCCUCAUGGAAUCCCUGUGCCUGCGUCGAACAAAAGAAGUCCUCGACCUCCCUCCUCUCGAGGAACGCGUCGUCCCACUCGAGUUUAGCCCCGAGGAGCGCGACCAGUACGACAAGACCAAGAAGAUCCUCAUGCGCACAAUUAAGCAAAAGGUAGGCGAGGUCGAAAAGAGCAGCAAGUUCGGCCUCUUCCAGGCCAACCUUCAGAUGCGCAUCCUCUGCAACCACGGUACCUUCCAGAAGCCCUUUUCGUGGCACCGGCGGAGCUACCGCCUCGACCUCGACGAGCGCGAGGCCGCCGUCUCGGCGCUGGGGCAGAACGCAGAGUUGACGUGCAACGGAUGCCAUCAGCCCAUGCCCAUCCUCGGCUUCAACAGGCUGCGCAACGCGUCGGAGAAGCAGUGCCCGCACGUCUUUUGCUCGGAGUGUCUCGACGACUCGGAUCUGUCUUCAAUGGCGACCCCGGUCUCCGGGCCUCGGGAGCGGCAUUGCCCCGUGUGUGAUAACUGGAAAAAGUCGGCCAAGAUUCCUUCUACUGGUCUUGGUACGAUCCCGCAUGUGAGAGUAGAAGGGCCUGUGGUGGAUGCCAGGGGUCUUCCUGACGCUUCCGUGCAAACUACGUCAGGCGCGGAUGAUGCGGAUUACUUCAAUACGGUAGGAUACUCUACCAAGAUGGAGGCCUUGAUCCGUGACGUACAAGUCGACGUCUCGACAACUAAGAGCAUCAUAUUUUCUUGCUGGACGAGAACGCUCCGCCUCGUCGCGAAACACCUCGAAAAGGUCGGCGUAAAGUACCACAAGAUCGACGGCGACUGUCCCUUGUCACAGAGACAGGAAAUUCUCGCACAGUUUGCAGAGGAUGAGGAGAAGAGGGUUCUCAUCAUGACGACCGGCACUGGUGCCUUUGGUCUCAACCUGACCUGCGCCAACCGCGUAUUCAUCGUCGAACUCCAAUGGAACCCCAGCGUCGAGAACCAGGCCAUCGCCCGCGCGAUCCGCUUCGGCCAGGGUAAAAAGGUGCUCGUCACGAGAUACGUGAUCAAGAACACAGUGGAAGAGGAAAUGAGAUCGCAGCAAAACGUCAAGAAAAACCUGGCGGCCAUUGGCUUCGACGAAUCUGGUGCUGCUGAUGUUGAUGACAUGGAUAUUGAUCAGUCGUAA